UAUGCACGAUGCAUUACGGUCUCCACAUAUUCUUAUGCUACAUAGCAUUUUGGAAGGUCUUGGGUGUUGGAAGUGUCGCAAAGAGCACGAUCAAUCCCGACAUUUUGACGACCUUCGCGAAGAACGUCGCUUCUGUAUUGACUCCAACUUUACUCGGGGAACUUUCGACAAACCGAGGCAAUAGAUCCUUUCUCGAAUUAUCAUCGAUAACGAAAACAAAUUCUGAACCGACUCCAAGAUCAUUGUCAAGUUCUAAGGACAACGUUGACGAGGCCACAACGCCUGAGAUAUAUCGAGAGAAAGGGAAUCUCAAAGAACCUAAUCGUUUCUCAAAUACGAGAAGACAGGCCGACGAUUUUUAUAACUCUCACGAGAGACCAAAUUAUCCUGAAAAUUCUGGUUAUCGUCAAUCUCAACUUUACGACCCUUACAACAUCCCAAAUAAUUAUUUCCAAUCAAUCGGCCAAGGUGAUAGGACCGAUUUUCGUGCAAAUCUGAACCUAGGUCGUCCCGUUAAUGCUGGAAACUUUGCGAAUGCUGAAAAUCUCGAAUCACCGGGUCGUUUUGAUUCUAUUUAUCGACCACAUGAAAGAAUUUCGGGCGAUGGGAUCGUGGGUAGACCGUUUAGUGGUUUAAACGGAUUCAAUGGCUACUCUUCCUUUGAAGAUCGACAAAGAGGUGAUGUCAGAUAUCACCAUAGUCCAUUACCAAUCGAUGGACAUUACUUUGGACCUUUUGGAUUUGGUCCUUAUAAUCAUCCUCUAGGUUACAAACAUCCUUAUGGUUACCCAGGUCGACGGCCAAACACGGAUUCUGAUGAAAAUAAUAAUAGCAAAGAAGAAACGAAGGAAGAAAAUGGUUCGGAUCGUCCAAAAUCUGAUGAUCGUCGACCAUUUUACAGAGGUUACAGACCUUUUUACGAUUUUCCCCCUUACAAAUUUGGUCCAGGUUAUUAUCAUCAUAGAAACCAUAACGAAAGUUCCGUCGAUUAUCGUUAUGACGAUAUCGACUAUUAUCACAAGCAUUAUGAUUAUUAUUAUGACGAUUUCUUUCCUGGACCGUUCCAUCCAUAUGGUUAUGGUCCAAAACGAAAGAAUGGUAACAAAAAUGGCGGCAAAAAUGGUAAUGGAAAUGGAAAUUCCGAAACACAGGAGAACAAAGAUACCGAAACACUUUCGGCUAGUGAAAAAGCGGAGAAGACUAUUGACGCUUCUAAUUCGGAAUAUAAAAUAAAAAUACCAACGACUCUAUUCGAAGAUGGUUUGGAAAACGGGAGGAUCGACAAUGAUGACUUGGAACAUAUCGAUCCUGCUGCUUAAUAAAUAGAUUAGAAUUCGUCAUCUCUUAUUACCAAAUAAAUGAUAAAAAAUUCAAAAAUAAUAAUAAUCGUCGAUGAUGAAGUGGAAAAUAUCAAUUUUAUUAAUGCGUAAUAAAU